CUGACACUUUGUCUCUGCUGUGACCCCCGGGCCUGCGUCCGGUGGGUGAGGCACAGAGGAGCAGGAGAUAAGACGCAUCCACACCGCUUGCAGACGGAGCUCAAUCUUCAUGCCUUAAUUUGUCCAAAAUAAAAAAGGUUGUGAAACUUUACGAUGUGGUGACGGCAGAGUGACAACUGACGUGCGUGUGGAAUUCACCAUGUUGCUUGAGUACUGUGAGUCAGUCAGCUACAACACAGGAUGAGACACACUGCUGGAAAAAGAAGAAGUGGCUGAAAUUUAGAUCCAGCAAAAAGUGAGACCGUCUGCACUCGAGACAAUGACGGGAACACUCCUAUUGUGGGUCCUCAUCCUAUAUGCCUCGCUCAAGCCCUCAGAGAGCCAUGGCCACGACUUUGACGAGGUGAAGGACUACGAGGUUGUUCGACCCAUCAGACUUCACUCAGUUAGAAAGAGACAUACAGAGCAUCUCAGGCCAGAGACCGUUAAGUAUGCUAUGACGGUGGGAGGAAGAGACAUCGAAAUGCGACUCGAAAGAAAUCAUGAAUUACUCACCAAAGACUACACGGAGACCUACUACCAAGAAGACGGGACUCAAGUCACCACAGCUCCGGAUGACGUCGAUCACUGCUACUAUCAUGGGAGCAUUGUGAAUGACAGCCAGUCAUCCGUUAGCAUCAGCACUUGUGAUGGACUCAGGGGUUACUUCAGAAUGUCGGCCCAGAGGUACUUGAUUGAGCCCCUGUCUGGUGGCGACGAGGGGGACCACGCGGUGAUGACUUUUAACGACAAGAACUCCACGCCCGCGGUGUGCGGCGUCACUAACACCAGCUGGAGCGACGACUUCGAACCCCCGACAAGCCGGAGCCGCUCCAGAUCAGCGGGUAUAUCUAUCAUCCAGAAACAAAAAUACAUUGAGCUCGUCCUUGUUGUUGAUAAUCGUGCGUAUGUGAAGAUGCAGCGAGAUCAGAUACGAGUGAGAAAGAGGAUAUUUGAAAUUGUCAACUUUGUCAACAUGGUGUACAAGCCACUGAGGACCUUCAUUGCUCUGGUGGGGCUGGAGAUCUGGUCCGCUCGGGACUUGAUCCAUGUGACCCCCCCGGCCGGGGCCAACCUGGGGGCUUUCAUGAAUUGGAGGAACUCUGAGCUGCUGAAAAAGAAAAAGCAUGACAACGCACACCUUAUCAGUGGUAUUGACUUUGAAGGAGGAACCGUGGGAUUGGCUUACAUUGGGACUCUUUGCUCGGGUCACUCUGUUGGAGUAACACAGGAUCACAAUGACCGGCCCAUCGCAGUGGCGGCAACCCUGGCUCAUGAGAUGGGCCAUAACCUGGGCAUGAACCAUGAUGACUCCAGCACCUGUGCUUGUUCUGGUGAGAGCUGCAUCAUGGCUCCAGCACUCAGCUGGAAUGUUCCUCGGUUUUUCAGUAGCUGCAGCAGCAACGACUACGAGAAAUACCUGCUGGGCCGCAGCCCCGACUGCAUCCUGGACAAACCGGACUACAGAACCCUGGAGGCUCCUUCAGUCUGCGGGAACGGUUUUUUGGAGAGAGGAGAACAGUGUGACUGUGGCAGUGUGGGGGAGUGCACUAACCCCUGCUGCAACGCCACCACCUGCACCCUGAAGGAGGGGUCUCAGUGUGCCGAGGGCGAGUGCUGUGAGGACUGUAAGGUCUCGCCUCGUACCACGGAGUGCCGCUGGAGGCGGGACGAGUGCGACCUGGCUGAGUACUGUGACGGGGAGAGCGCCACCUGUCCCGCGGACGUCUUCGCCGUGAACGGCCUCCGGUGCGGCGGAGACCGGGGAUACUGCCACAAAGGCCAGUGUCCACAGAGGGCAGACCAGUGUGUCAAAAUGUAUGGACCAAGCGCCAUAGAGGCCCGUCCAUUCUGCUAUAAACAGAACACCAGAGCAACCUACUACGCCUUCUGCAGGCGUCCUGCAAACGACAAGUUCCUCCCCUGCCAGCAAGAAGACGUGUUUUGCGGGAAGCUCUUCUGCCACGGUGGUAAUGACAGCCCCAACUACGGCCGCAUGGUGAGGGUCUCCGACUGCAAGGCAGCUUUCUUUGCGGACUACACCAAAGACUACGGCCAGGUGGACACCGGGACGUAUUGUGGGGAUGGAAAGGUGUGCAGCCAGAACGAGUGUGUGGAGCUUGAGACAGCGUACAGAAAUGUAAACUGUUCAGCCAAAUGCCCAGGCCAUGCUGUGUGCAAUCACAGAAGUGAGUGUCAGUGUGAGCCCGGUUGGGUGCCUCCUCACUGCGAUUCCAAGGAUGGAGAUUUUGGAUCUCUUUCACCUGGAGCAACCGCUGCCAUCGUGGUGACGGUUAUACUAGUGGCUUUAGGUAUCAUUGCUGGUGUGGUAGGAAUCAUCUGGAAAAGGCGGCAAAGUCCUGUGUUGCCAACAGCACACACCCAGAGGAAGCAGCCAGCAGUGGACAGCUCCGCUCACCGCCUCAACAAAGGGCCAUUCCCUAGUCAGCCCGUGCCAGUGCAGGCUGGAAGGCUGAAACCCAAAGGAGCAGCACCUCCACCGCCUCCAGCAGGGAACAGACCAAAACCCCCGGGCCAGAACUACACGGCUGCACGCCAGGCUCUGAGGCCGGUACCUCCACCAAAGGUCUGAUGUCCGACACAGUGCCACCUACUAGUAAACCAGAGGAGACGCAGCUCUGUCCAUUAACCCCCAACAAGAGGCUGCUGGUAAUCCAGACAAGUUUUUAUCAAAGGCGUCCUGUCACGGCCGUUCCCUCUGCAGGAGUGUGCAGGAGGGACAGACUGGACUUUAAAUUGUUACUUGCAUGAUAUGCACUGAGGUCUCAUUACAGGGAUGUACUUAAGACACUUUUUUUUUUUAUACUAUAGGGUUUUGGUUAGUGCAAUUAGAAACAGCUCCGGCCCUGAAUGUGAGCCAUAUCGUUUUAUACAUGGUGUUAUUUUGUCACAAUAACGGCAAAGCAUACCGACUGGAUUUGUUUGUUGAACAGUAUUCUGUAGUAGUCUGUUGAUAUUUUAUCUCCAAAAUAUCCUGAUGGUCUAACAUUUCUGGCGCUCAGGUGCAUUAUCGUGCAAUCGGAUAGAAAUACUCACUCAAACAGUGAUUGUGAGGACUGCAUUUAUCCUGCUGUUCUGUAAUGUGCUUUCUUUUAUUAAAAUACUAUAAAAUAGUAAAAGGCAAAACAGGAACCAAUAAAUGUUGGAAGAUAGAGUUUCCAAUUAAAUCACAUGUUUUAACCACUUUUAUAAUCUACUUUUAGGACAUUUAAAAUCGGCACACUGCUUGAGAUUUAACCAAAACCUUUAACAGUGUAGGUUGUGCUUUAUCAUCCUCGCUAAUCUGGUUCAGACUUUUGCUACGCACACUUGUGUCUAGUGAUAUAUAAUAGUGCUGCUGCUGGCCUCAAGUGAGUUCACUGUGUGAACAGGUACGUAAAGGGUUAAAGAUCUUGUGAGCUUAAUAUCUACAUUUCAAAUUCAGUACUGAAGGUGAUGGUUUUUUUGUUGUAAUUUUUUAAACCUUCCAUGGCUCAAAAGCGCUGCCUAAAUAUUUCAUACAAACCAAAUCCUUGUAACUAGUUAACGGUUAGAUUUGAGUUACCAUGAGGAUUACUGUAUACAUAUGAAAACACAAAGCACUGUGUUCCUGUGCUGUGUGAAAGAACGCCGUAAGGCCUUUGACUGAAUAUCACUCCUCUCUGCUUUAACAGCUCUCGAGCAAGGCAUUAACCCCCGACUACCCUCGGGGUUGCACUGGGCAUCUCCAAGCAAGAAUGUCUGAUAAAACUAAAAUGCUUCAUGUAAAUUAACGAUGGAAAAUAAACCAGAUUUUGUAAAAAUUCAUUGUGUGCAAAAAAAACAGAGAAAACAUUUGUCUUAAAGCUGCAUUGAUUGUUUUCUGUUCAUGCUUUGUCCUCUUGGGAGCAGCGGAACAACCAACGCGACACUGACAUCAGUAAUGACGUGUUGUUGGAGGUCAACCCUGGAAGUUAGCUCCCACUGGUUCCCUCGAACAAAACGCCAAUCGGAUCUUUCUGUUGGAUCUUUGUAGAAAAUUCGUUCUGUGGCAAACACAGGUUCAGGCAUUUAACCAAAAACUAAUUCAAAAAAACUGGAGCCCGGAAGUGUAAAAAAUGCGAAAUCAUUUCUGUGUUUUAGGACUCAUUCCUGCAGCACCUUUAUAAAGAGGCAAUCAAAAUUCAGAGACCUUUAUUUGGAGGCUCUAAAGUUCAAAAUGAUCUGAUGCAGCUUAAAUAGAGCUAAAUACAAGAUUCGGAGCAAAUCUUGCGAUUCCACACAGCUCUCAACGUGGUGGCGGCUCGCAGCUAACGGUGCUAAGAGCGCCAACAGUGCAAACGAGGGCAACAGUGCUGACAGUGUUUACCUGAGGGGGAAGCCGGAGGGCUGCAACGACAGAACAGGAUGUUAUCCUCACCGUAUGAGAGCAGUGCAGAGCGGCGACCGCAAGCUAGCCAGUUGGGCACACGCGCUAACAUGCUGGCUACAUAAACAAAGCACACAGAAAGUUGUAUUACAACACAGAUAGACAUUAUACUACUACCUUUACAUUACAAACAGCGGUUUGCUGCUAUAGUAACACUCUGAACAUCAUAUAGAGAAGCAUAAGGUAAAAUAAUAACAGACAUCCAAGACGAGUCAAAUAAAACUGUAUUUGAAUUUUAUUCUUUUGUUUCAAGUGAUACAUCUACGUAAAAGAUUUCAUGGCCUCGCAUGACAAAUACGGUACAGUUUUUUUUUGUUUCCACCCUUUUUUACAGCUAUCAUAAGAUUCUUAAUGAACAAUAACGUUUUUUACAUUCUGUGAGAUAUGUAAUAGGACCUAACAGGAGGUCAGCAUACUGUACGGCUCACCCAAUAAAGCCUCAACUUUAAAACAAAACCAAAAUACUUCAUCUUUAGGGAGCUUUCCCAGAAGCCUACUGAACGUAACGGCAAACAACAAGAUUUUGCAAAUGUUAAGGAUAUCAAGAUUAAUGUUACGGACAUUGAAUCUUUAAAAAUCAUGUGUGACUGAAAGUCUCGCCACACACACACACACACACACACACACACACACACACACA